AUGAAUGAAAUAGAACAAUAAGAAGCAUCACAUUAUUCAACAAUAAAUGAACUAAAAUCUGAAAUAUAAGUUGUGUCUCAGAAGGAAGACCAUUCUAUAAUAAGGUCAGACAGUAUACUGAAUUUUGAUGAUACCUUAACUUAAAUAGGGUUUGGAAGAUUUUAAAUAAUGUAAUAUUUGGUAUCAAUAACUUUGGGGGUGAUGGAAGGAGCACAAAUCACCAUUUUCACACUAAUGGUACCAAUUUUAAAAAAAGAAUGGGAUAUAUCGGAAUCUAUAGUGUCUUUAUAAACAAGUUUUAUAUUCAUAGGAUUUCUAGUGGGAUCUAUGCUAUCAGGUCAAUUUACUGAUAGAUAUGGAAGGAAGUUACCAUUUAUUUUUAGUUCAUUGUUUACAGUUCUGAUUUGCUUUGCCACAAUUCUUUGUACAAAUGUAUAUCAGUUACUGAUAAUGAGAGGACUAAUGGGUAUUUUUGUAGGUUUCUUUGCUCCAUGUUGUGUAACUUUGUUAUAAGAAAUCACCCCAAACAAUUUAAGAGGUUAAAUGACAGGAUCUGUAACAUUAAGUGUUGCAAUAGGACAAUUGUACGGUUUUUUCACGGCUUCAUUAAUCUUAGAUGGAAUAAAUGGAAGUUGGAGAUGGUUAACCUUUUUAGGUUCAUUGCCAGGAUUGGUUGCCUUGAUAUUGUCUCUAAUUUACAUUUAAGAAUCUCCUAGAUACUUACUAUUAGAAGGCAAAUAUUAUGAGGCCUUCCAAACUAUAAAAUUGAUGAUACAAACCAAUAAAACUACAGAGUUUAAUUUAUCUAUUGAGAACGAACAUAAAUUGGUGAUAUGGUCAUUAUACAUGAACAGUAUUGCGAAAAAAACAGAACAUGCUUCCUUUAAAAGUAUGCUCAAUGGAGACAGAUUAUACGUAUCAUUAGUCUUGUGGAGUAUUUGGUUUUUACUAUGCUUUGCUUAUUAUGGAAAUUUGAUGACCAUGCCUUAAAUACUCUAUUAACUAAAAGACGAUUAAUCAUAGUUGUAAUAACUAGUAUAUGCUUGUCUAAGUGAUAUUCUAGGUGCAAUUUUGGCUACGUUAAUUAUCGAUAUCAAAGGACUGGGUAGAAAGAACUCAUUAAUACUUGGGUUUCUAAUAGCAUCUGUAUUUGCCUUCUUGUAACUUUAUUAUUAUGAACACCAUUUUGCUAUUUUAGCAAUUUUACAAAAAUUGUUUCUCUCCAUGAACUACAUCUUCUGUUAUCAAUUAACCACUGAGCUUUAUCCUACCAAAUUAAGAACUACAGGAUUAGGCACAGCAGUAGCUAUUGGAAGACUGGGUGUCAUUUUGAUGCCAUGGUCGUGUAUGAUUAUUUCCUAAUAUUCAAUCAUCGCUCCAUUUCUUCUAUUUUCCAUAGCUUCCUUUUUAGGGAGUAUUUUUACUUGUUUUAUUCCUUUUGACACAUUAGGGAAGAGCUUAGAUAACAAUAAUUGA